UUGCAAACAGCAUGCAGUCCCUGCGUUGCGCACAGGGCAUUCGGCCCUUUGCCGCCGCUCGUCGGUCGCCAAACUUCGCGAACUCGGUUGCUAAGCCGACUAGGACCCGUCGUGGUGCUUUAACAAUAGUCAACAUGUUCACUGGCAUUGUGCAAGGGACGGCCACUAUCGCGAAGGUGGACCGCCAGGACAAAUUCUCGUCGCUGGAAAUUAGCUUUCCCGCUGGCAAGGCGGAUGGGGUGAAGAUCGGCGCUAGCGUCGCUAUCAAUGGCACCUGCCUGACAGUCACGCACAUCGCCGGUGACACGCUGGGCUUCGAUGUGAUGAUGGAGACCCUCCGUGCCACAAACCUGGGCGGCCUGCAGCAGGGCAGCGUGGUCAACUUCGAGCGGUCCGCCCGGGUGGGUGACGAGAUCGGGGGGCACAACGUCAGCGGCCACGUGCACUGCACGGCCAGCAUCGCCGCGGUGGAGCAGACGGAGAAUAACCGGCGCCUGACGUUCCAGCUCAGCAACCCCGCGUUCAUGAAGUAUGUCCUGCCGAAGGGCUACAUCGCGGUGGACGGCUGCAGCCUCACCAUCGGCGAGGUGUGGGAGGACAAGUUCAGCGUGUACCUGAUCCCGGAGACCGUUCGCGUGACGGUGUUCGGCGUCAAGAGCGUGGGCGACAGCGUGAACAUCGAGAUUGAGACGCAGACGCAGGCGAUCGUGGACACGACGGAGCGUGUGGUGGCGCAGUACCUUGAGAAGCUGCAGGGGCUGCCCGCGGCGGCGGCCAAGUAGAGAGAUGCGUACGGAGCAGCGGGUUGGGGGUCGGGGGUUGGGGUGAGAGGAAGCAGGCCGUGGCGCAUUUGGGCGUAGGAGUUGGAGGCCACACGGCGUGCGGCGGCCUUCUGCGGGGCUUUGUGUAAACGUCAAGCCGCAGGGAUGAACGGGAGUGCUUCAGCAGGAGGUGGACUUGAGGUCAGCCAGGAUGUGCUAGGUGGCGAAAGCUGGAUGCAUUAAUCUUGCGCGCUGCAUAGCUCGGAUCAGGGCUAUCGACUAUAGUUUUGACUGGAGCUCUAGUGCAGACGAACUAUGUCGCCGCAUGGCUUGGUCUUUGGGGGCUGGGACCUUCAGUAUGGUUUUCGAGUUGCUUUCGGCUGCAGGCCAAUCUCAAGAUUGUGAGCCGUGAGUGGAGGGCCGCCCUUCAACCCCAAAUCCCGUAGGAGAAAGCAUGCAGGCUGGGCGUGCGGACUGUACGAUGUGACUCUACGCAGCUGGUGUAAUGGCAGGUGGCGGGCUGUGCGACGAAUGUGUGGGCGGAUGGAUAGGCGCUGUGCCCCAUUUGACGUGUAUUUGUGCAUGUAUGUGUAACACUGAAACCGA